AUGUCCCAGUCUUAUAUGUCUCUGCAAAAUGAUCAAAGCCAGAAUCUGCACUAUGAGUCUGCAGUCCAGGACCUUGAAAAAGAGAAACAGAUGGUCACUGCCUUGAAACGAAUGUCUAUUGGUCAUUUGAUGCACUAUGAUCCAGAUCUACCACCAGGCACCAUCGAUGAAUUCAACCCAUUUUCCGGUAACUCGCACCUGUCUCCUUCCGCCCAGAAUCAUUUAUACGACGAGGAUUUGAUUCCUCAAAAUACACAAUCACCAUACCAAUCAACACCCCUUUCAUCGCAAGGCGGUGCUUCAAAAUCGCAUGCUCGCUCGAGCCCUGACAAUAAAAAUGAAACUAGCACCAGCAAUCGUCUCCAAACUUCGAGUCCACCAAAACGAAAUAGUAUAUACGACAACACCAGCAUUCUAACUUCCGAAAGUCGUGAUGAAUACUUUGAUGCAGAAGAAGACCAUGUUUACGAAGCAUCUGGAAACUCAGUAUGGGUACCUGCAAACAUGCACCCGCAAAUCAACCCCGACUCGUAUAAUACGCUCGUCAAAAACCAAGUUGAAGAAAUACUAGAUAAAAAAUUGUCAAGGCAAAAAUCUCAGCUUUCUCGGAAAUCAACAUUAUCGCGAUCAUCUUCCGUAUCAGAUGCUACCGAAGUAGUUGUGCAUAGAAAUUCAAUCAAGGGGAGGUCAGAAUCGCCAGAAACGGAGAACUUGGGACUUACAUCAGGCACAUCGUCAUCACCAUCGAGAUCCACUUCAAGAUCUGCAUCUCCACAAAAGGACACAUCAAGCAAACGUGAAUCAUGGUACAUGAACCACAAAAGGUUUCUGAACCCUUCAUUAAAAGAGCUAACAAGUGAACUAGAACAACUAUCGAAGAAAGCAGGGUUGGACAAAUCGGAUGCAGUGACAGUCGCAAGAACGUUAUCCUCAAACUCAUUGGGGUAUACUGAUGUGGAAAAGAUGGCUUUCGACGAAUUAAGUGAGGCAGAUGAGGAAUCAGCAACAUCAAGUACAUUGUAUUUACAGCAGCGCCUCCAGCAACAGUUCCAAAUAACUCCCGAGCUUGGACUUGGAAGUGAAGAUGAAAAUGAGAAUUUGGAAGAAUAUGAACAUGAACGUAAACAAGAACAUGACCAUGACAAUUAUGACGAAAAUAAACACGAACAUGAGCUAGGAUACCUUCAAGAGAAGGAAAAUGACUCCAGAAAUGGCGGUUUUGCGUUGAAACGAAGUCGAAGACCAAAUUAUAGAAAAAAGAAUUUCGAGAACGAAGCUUCGCCCAUACCAGGUUCUAAGGAAACUCUCCCCGGAACACCAACACCAACACAACGCAAGUAUAACACAAGAAACUCACAAUAUCUAUUCAGUUACAAAAAACCUACUGACCAGAGCCCUGACUAUGCAAGUCCAAUAGGCACACGGAAUCAAGGCUCACAACAGCAACAAUCUCACAACAUUCGGAGUCAAGCUUCACCAAAAACUCCAAGUUUAAGUCCAAGUCCAACUCCAGGCUCAAUUCCAGGUACCGGUCUAAGCUCGAACCAAUCAGCAUUUGAGCAAGGCUUGAAUGAUCUAUCCAAUCUUUACUAUGGUGGCCAACAAAGACACCACUCACCAAGAGAUUCUAAAUCGCGUAAGGAAAAUCCUAAUCUGAACCGAUUUUAUAGCCAAAAUCAUGCUCACGGAGACAACAAUGUGUAUCGUCAAGGUGAUAGGCGCCAUGACCCCAGACGUUCGCCACAUAUUGGAACGCCACAAACUGGACCGCAAUACUCGAAUUCCCCAUAUGGCCCAGUCCAAGGCUCAGGUACACGUUUGCAAGCAACACCUCGUGGUUCUCUGCAACUAACACCAACACCAACAUCAACACCACUACCCACACCACCAUCACAACAAGAGCAUCAACAACAAUAUAAUCAACAUCAACAACAGAAAUCACAUUAUGCACAUAAUAUAGAUCAUAACUCUCACAUACGUUCGAGUAAAAAUUCGAACACCGUAGCACUGGAUUCUCGAAACCGUUAUCACCACCAUCAGAAUCAGAGUCAUCCUUCAAUUCAUGCAUCACCUUCCCAACGUCGCGCUGGACAUAAUGGCUCCGCGCCAAUUCGAUCAGCAUCAAAUACCAAUAUAAAUGAUUUCAUGAUUUCAACUCCUACACAAACACGACAUCAUUCUCCUGCACUACCAAAAAAGGAAAGAGAAUACUACAAAAUUCAAACCGGCCCCAGGGUGAAAGAUGUUCCGUCGAAAUCGUAUACAGAAAGGCAACACGGUUCUGUAAAGCCUACUACAACUCCCGCCAGUACAACCACUACUUCCGCUGUUAACGUUGCUGCUGCGCCGAGAUCACAGCAAUUGCGUCAAAACUUGGAUUUGCUACGUUCCGAAAUUAAUGAAUUCAAGGAAAGUUUGAACAAAAGUGAAGCACAUCAACAAGAUCCCCGUCAACACGAACGAGAACGAGAACGAGAAGCAUCCAACAAAAAAGAGCAUGCUAAUUACGACCAGUAUUAUCGUGUUCAAAGAAAUCAACAACAACAACAAUAUGCAAAUAACAAACUUAGGCAUGCUGUACAACCACUUUACUAUCCACAAGCACAAAUUCAAAAACAACAACAACAACAACAACAACAACAACAUCAGAAAGAACGAUUUUUUGAUCAGCUGCAGGGCUUACAUCGCGAUGAUGUCAACUACAAUAUUCAAGACAAUCACAACCAAAAGGCUCCAAAUCCUCCAGAUAUAAGCUUUGACGUAAGCUACCAAGACUUAUCAACUGAUGACCCAUUGGGAAUGGAGAAAGAGAUUUUGGCUGAUUUAGGAGAACUCGAUAAUGAUCAAGAGUUUUUAAAUAAUGGCGUCCAAGAGACUGCUGUUGAGCCACUAAAAGAAUCUACUCCCGAGAAUGAGAAGGAUGACUUUUUUGCAAGCAUACCUACUGUUGACAAUGACCAUUUGGACCUAGUGGAGCAAGAUCAACCCCCAUAUCAAAACCAACUUCAAGACCAAAACAGAGCUGAUGGAAGCUUGCCUAUAAAUUUUGAUCUGUUGGACAAAGAUAUUCCUGAUUCUGAGCCUGACUCAAGGAAAAACAAUGAGGCAAUUGACGUGGAUGAGUCCUAUGAUAUAUCUCCUAUGCUCAGCGAAUUUGAGCUCAAUCAGUCUACCCCAAAGCAAGCACAAAAAGCGCCAUCUACCUCAAAUGUAAAAACAUCAUCUAAAGCCACUAAGGUCAAUACCAAGCUCUUUAACAAGGUGAGCAUCGAAAUCAUUGAUUCGGAUAAUUAUGAAAACAAGAUGGGUAAGAAGAAGAAAAGCUUUGAAAAGGAUGUUGGCGAUGUUGGCGAUGUUGGCGGUGUUGGCGACAAUAAGAGUUUGAAAAAGAAGAAAUCAUUUGGUUUACUUACGCACCAUGCACCAAAUGGUGCUGGCGAUAGUGAUUUGAGUAAACUUAAGAAAAAGAAAAGUUGGAACUGGUUAAGAGAAAGGUCAGCAAGUAUGACUUCGCUCGACAUGUCGACUCUACCUCCAGUACCUACUGACAAGGUACCUAUACGCUCUUUCUCCAACCCAGAGGGUGGUAAGUCAAGUGACACCAAUGUCAAGCAAGGAGAUUCUCAACUUCGAAGAUCGUCUUCAUCGCAGAUUGAACGGGCCGCCGAUCGUGCUGAGCAUGUUUCAAACCAUUCGGAGAAAGAGAAUGUUAUUUCAAAAUUAUUCAAAAAGAAAUCUAAAGCGACCCUCAGUAGUGCGCAUUCGAUCCAAUCACGCGAAAGUGGUCAACUGGGAACUGUAUUGGAUAGUGAAUCUGAUCGCGAUCGCGAUCUUGAUCUAGUACAUGGUCCUGAAAAAAGUGUGAAGAAGAAAUCCAGCGGUCUUUUCAAAAAGAGAUCUAAAAUGAAAAUGGUUGACCACAAUCGCGAUCCAAAUAAGGCAACCUCACCUUCUCUGCACAUUGGUGUAUUAGAGACAGCGGGACAUUUGGAUGUGAGCAAUAGUGGUCAACAGGGAAAGGAAAAUAGAGAACCAAUCGAAGAAAGGAAUUCUUUUGAUCAUGGACGCACUGUAAUCCAUCAUUUUAAUGGUAAGCAGCUCUUACCUAGUAACGAGAAUCCUAGUAGCAUUAGAAUGGUUGAUGAAUCUGAUGAUAGAGUUGAAAAACCGAUGAGUGAUGUAGUGGUUGAUACACCGACUGGUCUUAUACCCGAGGCUGAGACUGAUUCUGCUAAUGUUGAAAAUUUUGCAAAUGAAGAGACGAAAAACUCAGAUUCUAAGAAGAAGCGUCGACAGAACCGUUACAAGAAAAAGAAGGAUGAAGAUGCUACUUCAGUAUCGUCGUUUAGAAAAACAGAGUCACAACCACACCCACACCCACAACUGCAACUGCAACUGCAAUCACAGACAGAGACAGAGACAGAGACAGAGAUAGGUCAUGAAGAAGGGGAAGUUUUGGAUGGUGUAGAGGGCGUUAAUGGUGUGGAUGAUGCAGCCGUUUCCAGUCCAACGCCAGCAAAAGAACAAUUGCAAAAGCAGGAUAUACAAGAAAAGCUUCAGAAAGCAAUUCGCCGUACAUCAAAGGCCAAUCAGCCUAUCCAAUUUACAGAUUCAGCAUUUGGAUUUCCCUUGCCACCACCGUCACAAUCUACUAUUGUUAUGCUUGAUUACAGGUUCCCUGUUCAUGUAGAACGUGCAAUUUAUCGAUUGUCUCACUUGAAACUUGCUAACCCCAAAAGGUCGUUGCGUGAACAGGUCUUGUUAUCCAAUUUUAUGUAUGCAUAUUUGAAUUUGGUUGAUCAUACUUUGCACGUAGAGCACAUGAGUGAAGAAGGCAGCAGAAUUGGAGACGACAAUCAUAGCAACGAUGGCAAUGGCGAUGAGGAUGACAAUGGUGAGGGCAAUGGCAAUGAGGAUGACAAUGGUGAUGGUUUUGGCGAUGGCAAAGGUAAUGAUUUUAGUAAUGAUGACAAAGAUGUCGUUAUCGUUAACGAUGGAGAGGACCUGUCAGAAGCAGGCAAACAAUUUAGAAGAAUGGGUGUGGUUAAUGGAGAUGUUAAUAUAGUCGAAGUGGGGGACAUUGAUGACAUUGAUGAGCUAGCCGGUGCAGAAGAAACAAUGGAGUAUAACGAUGACGAAUUUGCCGAAAAUGAAGUUAUACUUGAAGAGGAGGAUAUCUUGUUUGCUGACAAUUAUCGGUACAGGGACGAUGCUAUGAAUGGAAAGAGUUAUGGCCGAGUAGCAGUGUAUGAUGUUGGAGAUCAUGAUACGGAAAUUGAAAGAGGCGGAAAAGAAACAGUAACAGCAGCAGCAGCAGCUGCAGCAGCACAACAACAAAAUGAAACGGAAAAGGGCAAUGUUAGUGGCGACAUAGUGACAGUAUAA